ACAAACUCACCUACAUUUCGAGCAAGUUGAAAGCAGGAUGCAUCAAGAUAUCAUAGCGAAUCUUCACGAUGCUUCUCGAGCAAGACCGUAUAUUAUCGUGUUCUCAUCCCUCGAUUUGUCAGGAUCUCACUCCCGCCUGCGGGAUGAGCCUGAGAUAUCUCUUUGUACAAAUCUAAGGAAAAGGGGUACGUAAGGAUGCGACUGAGGAACAAACAUGCGAUUGAACAAAGACAUGACGAGCACAAGACGGCGACUGGAAUGAGUCGGUGCUGCACGUUUGACAGGUGGUAUUUAAACUAGAAUAGAAGACGAAGAAUCGCGGACACGUUCGUAUUUUCCCAAACACGUUGGUAACGAUGGUAUUUGCAGUUUCGCCAUUAAAUCUCACCGCGUUGGACUUGGCAAUACACGCGCGCGUAGGUGUGACGGAGACAACGGGCAACCCCGACCAAACAAUGACGGCCUUUUUAUUUACAAGCUCAGGCACAUCUAGGAUGAAUCCUAUCUUACUGACGACGAACGAGCCCACCCUUUCUUUUGUCUCAGUGCUUAGCAUUAGCGGGCAAGAAUUGUUGCAUUGUUUGGUGUACGAAGAGGAUUACGCUCGCAAUAAACUCCGUGAAUUACGGCAUCGGCCUCGCUUCUCAAUAAAACAAUUUGUAUCUCUAUGGAAAAUGAGAUACGCAUCGUGAACUCACUCCUCGCCUACGAUUGCCGUCGUGCUGGAAAAGUAUUAUGCACAUUAUGCGCGCGCAU